CGAGCCGUCUGUGUCCAUGUACGCUCGCGCACAGGCUCUCGCGCGCGCAGCAGUUCGGGGCGGCGGGCUGUGAUGCGGUCCGGACGGACGGAGCAACUCGUCAGGAUUAAUGGAGGGACUCACACCCUCGGGAUUUGUUACAAGCUUAUAAGCUGCUCUUUUCACGCCAGGGAGCCAGCAUUCAGCCUCGGAGCGGAGCGGGGAAACUUCGAGCGAGUUGUUUGGAGAGUUUUGUUCCAGUGUGGAGAAAAAAAAAAAAAAAAAACGGUGCUCCGGACCUUUGACAGCUGCACCGCCGCCAAGCUGGAAACCCUCGGUGACCGGGAGGUGAGCUGUCACCGUCCGCUCAGCUGCCGGUAGGUGAAAGGGAUCCAGGGGAUGCUUUGAACCAAAGAUCUACAAGGCAUAAAGCGUGUACAAGGUUGGUAUGAAUAGAGACGUCACUGGCACGAAGGCCAGGUGUGAAACUACCAAAACUUAAAAGAUGCAAAACGUCAAAGCAGCAAAAUGACCAGCACCAGGCAGCCAUCUUGCAUAUUAUCACUGCAGGUCGCUAUUGGCUUAAAAAACUUUAGUUUGGAUGAAACGUUACCUUUACCUUUAUCGAUGGCUGGAGUUCCUUUUGUUUCCACUCCAUGACUGUUUCAUUCCCAGAAAUGUUCCAACUAGCAAAAUUUGUCUUUCUUUUGAGCUGUCCGUUUUUCAGCCAGCUGACCAGUCGUGUGCAGCAUUCUGAAGCUUGUGCUUCGUUAGGAUUCAUUAGGAUAACGUAUGACAAAACAAAUUAAGGUGGUUUUGAAACUGUAAUGACUUAAACCUAGUGUUUAUUUUGCUAGCACAUUGCGAAGAAGUUUGUCAUUCAACUAAAAUUAAAUUUAGUUUCAAGUUAGUUUUGUUUAGUUGCCCCGUUUUGUUUUUUUGUCAUUGAGGAAUAUACACCGUCAGCUUUAUAAUAUUUUGGUAAUUUAGCAUCUACCUGCCAUAUUAAAUAUACUGGACCACAGUUUCUAUCCUCAAAGCACAUGACUUUCUCCUUGUUCCAUACUUCUCUUUCUACCAGAGAAGAAAAAUCUCAAUGGCUGCUUUCCCAACUUGCCCAACCUUUCCACAAAAGUUAGGCCUUACUGAAUUUUGUUUGCCUUUAACAUUUUCGUAUUGUUGUUGUUGUUCUAAAACAAUUAAAUGUCGCAAAAGGUUAUGUGAAUUUUUACUACAUUUGGUGUAAAAAAGGUUGCUAGGGUAAACUUUUAAAUUUCAACUAAAUUUAACAACAUUGCAAACCUCGAUAUAACCAACAGCUUGGUUGUUGAGCUGUAGGUAUAAGCUAAUAUUUAGAAUGACGAGAAAUGGUGAGUUCUAUCUUAAAAAAAGGGCAAAAUAUCCAGAUUAUAAUAGCCUGGAAAAACCAGCACCUUGUUCUACGCUUCGCUUUGUCUGGAGGGUCUGGACUCUCAGCUAUUGAGAAACGAUUGCUUCCUGGAGGCAUGGACUCUGUUAAAAUUUGAAAAUUGUCCUAAUCGCUAACGUUUGCCCGUGACGUAUGUGAAGCUCCAGUUUGACACUAUGAAGCUAACCAGAAAUUGCUAGCAGUAAACAACCGUCCUCUACUGCCAACAGAGAAGUGCCAAUCCGAAAAAGAUGGCUAUUGAUGUUGAUUCAAUGUUUGGAAGCCUGAACAACACAAACUGAGCAGCAUUGUUCACUUCCUUUGCUGUCAUUGCUAAAACAAAUUCUUAAACUGCAUAGAAAAUUAACAUCGUUGUUCACAACUUAUCCUACUUGCCAAUUGGUCUGCUCAGAAAUCUACUGGAGAAAUCCAAGUCAAUGGGAGAAAGCCCAGACUCAAUUAAAGGAGAUUAUAAUCGAGAGGAGUUGCAUCGAAAGGCUAAGAUUAUAAUCCCUUUCAAACCAAACAGGUGCCAUUGAUACGCACAUCGUUUCACGUAUUUGUUCGUCAAUCCUUUUCAUCUUCAUUAAAACGUCACUAUGAACUGUUAGGAAGUCCUCAGAGGUAUUUCUCGGUGCGACACGAGCCUGAACAGAAUCCUCUGUGACCCCAAGAUGUGGGUUUAAAACACAAGCCUUUUAUAAGUUGUUUUCCCCCAGUCUUCACCUCUUCUUCCCCCUUUUCUCUCCCUUGCUUGUGAGAGAAAGGAACAGCUGGAUGUGAGCUGGGCCCGAACUUGAUCACUCCGUAUCAGCGGGUCCCAGAGGCCUGUUUCUGUCGCUGCUGUGUCCGGCCGUGGGGGUAAACCCUCGUAACUGUGCAGCUGUCCGCAACCCGCCACAUAAGACAAACGGAGCCCGUCUAAAGCGUCGUGCAGAAAGUCGCGGUUGGCUUGGCCGGGGGUCCGGCGGCCCAGUCCCCCCCCACCCCAGUGCACACAGAGACCCGUUUGAGGAUUGGUGCAUGAGGACAAGCGAUCCGAGCAGCCGUGCAUCCUGACUGAGUCCGGCUCUGGGGGUCCAUGAUGACUUGGAGGGGGCUUCAGCAGACGGUCCCUUGCUGACACCCGGAUUUCCACCCCUUUCCUGAAGAUCUAUUUGUAUCUUUUUCAGUUUUUUUUUUUUUUUUUUUUACACUUAAGACUUUGUCUCUUCUAUCACCAUGGCCAGCCUUGUGAUUAACGAAACUGGAGUGGAGGAUUGCGGGAUCGACGACUCCUUCAAGUACAACUUGUACUCCACGGUUUACAGCGUGGUCUUCGUUUCAGGCCUGAUUACCAACUGCGCCGCCCUCUUCGUCUUCUGCUUCCGGAUGAAGAUACGCAACGAGACCACAAUGUUCAUGACCAACUUAGCGUUUUCAGACUUGGUCUUCGUCUUCACGCUGCCUUUCAAGGUCUUCUACAACGUCAACCGCAACUGGCCCUUCGGAGACGGGCUCUGCAAGGUGUCAGGGACGGCCUUCAUCACCAACAUCUACGGUAGCAUGCUCUUCCUCACCUGCAUCAGCGUGGACCGCUUCCUGGCGAUAGUCUACCCGUUUCGAUCACGCUCCAUCCGCACGAGGAGGAACGCGGCGCUGGUGUGUGCCGCCGUGUGGCUCACCAUCGUGGGCGGAGGAAUAUCGGUGACCUUCUUCUCCACCAUCAACAGCAGACACAGAGCCACCACAUGCUUUGAAGGAUUUUCCAAGAACACCUGGAAGACCUACCUCUCCAAAAUCACCAUCUUCAUAGAGAUUGUGGGUUUUCUCUUCCCCCUCCUGGCCAACCUGGUGUGCUCCUCCCUGGUUCUCCGGACACUGCGUCGCCCGGUCAGCGCCGGCCAUGGCUGCGACAGCAAGAAGCGCGUCCUGCGGAUGAUUGUGGUCCACCUUACCAUUUUCAUCAUUUGCUUCGUCCCGUACAACUUCCUGCUCUUCCUGUACGCCCUGGUGCGGACCCAGGCCCUGGCUAACUGCGCCGUGGAGCGGUUCGCGCGGACCCUGUACCCCAUCACCCUGUGUCUGGCCAGCCUCAACUGCUGCCUGGACCCUGUGGUUUACUACUUCACCUCAGAGAGCUUCAAGAAGAGCCUGACCAUUGGUGGCAAGGGGUCCGGCUCACGGCCCGAAAGCAUCCCGCGCAGCGAUAAUGAGGCCCAGGACACGGCCGUCCCCAGAAACACUCAGUCCGUGUCCAGCAACGGGAAAGAUGCCACGAUAUUCGACAGCCAGCUAUGACUCGGCGCCGUCAGGGGUGAAAACGGGUCGCGGUGGGUUCUGGAGGAACCCUGAACUUGGACAACAAUCAGCUGUUUAAUUGUGGAAGUGGAAAACAAAUAGCUCAGCAGAUUAGCUCAGACCAGAGGUAAGUCCUGAGGUAUGGCCCGGGCUUUGUGGAUUAAUCCAGCACUGGAGAACAGAGGAAUGUAUCUGUGUUUGUUAUAACACACACACACACACACACACACACACACACACACACACACACACACACACACACACACACACACGCACGCACACACACGGGGCAGAGGGGUGGCAGAUCCACGCUGGGGCCGCCGUGACAGAGACAAGGAGUCUCUCAAAGAGACUCACAGACACUCACACUGACACUGAGCUGUCCAUAAGAUGGAGAUUCUCAUUCACUUUGUUGAUAUGAGCUGUUUAGUGCUUUUGUAACUAAAUCUUUAUUUUUAGAAAGUUUGAGCUCUGACAGUGCGUUAUAUCAUCAAUGUAGUGACACUGAUCAGUUCGGCGGGGGGUUAGGGCUGCGCUCAGAAACCAAAAACAAAUUAAAGUAAUAAAAUUACGAGAAUGCAAGAGCAAAGUCAUAAUAUUAACAAGAUAAAAUCAUAACUUUAGGAGGAGAAAGUUGUACGAAAAUAACGUUGAAAUAAUACUAGAAUAAAUAUUUGAGAAGAAAGUUGUUUUUGAGAAUUAAGACAUAAUGUUGACUUUAUUAUCAAAUCAUGACUUUAUUUUCAAAAAAGAAGGGCGGUAUUAUUGUUUAGAAUAAAAUCAAGAUUUUAUUACUUUAUUCUUGUGUCUUUAUUCUCAAAAUAUUUCAACUGUAUUCUCGUAUUAUUUUAACUUUAUCCUCGUGAUGUCGUGGCUUUAUUUUUUGUCAUUUUAUUAAAAGUUUUUCUUAGCAUGGCCCUAUAGCUCCGUCGUAGUUCAGUGUGGUCAGAUCUGGUGUUAUUAUAUAAAGCAGUAUUAUGUUGACCUGCUGAAUUAAAUGUGUGUCAUG